UCAGGCUGUUUGUCCGCAGCAGUCGCGAGCUCAGCAGCGUCUCCUCACGAGGACAUCCAGCCCAGUCCUGUCAGCGCGCGGAUGUAUAUUGGAAGAUGGCGCUAGCCGAAUGGAAAUCCUAAUGACAGUCUCAAAAUUUGCCUCUUUUUGUACCAUGGGCGCCAAUGCCUCUGCUCUGGAGAAAGAGAUUGGAUCUGAGCAGUUUCCUGUUAAUGAGCACUACUUUGGCCUGGUCAAUUUUGGGAACACCUGCUACUGCAACUCGGUGCUGCAGGCUCUCUACUUCUGCCGGCCGUUUCGGGAGAAGAUCCUGGCGUACCGCAGUCAGCCUCGGCGGAAGGAGAACCUGCUCACCUGCCUGGCCGACCUGUUCCACAGUAUCGCCAACCAAAAGAGAAAAGUGGGGGUCAUACCACCCAAGAAGUUCAUCACACGGCUACGCAAGGAGAAUGAGCUGUUUGACAACUACAUGCAGCAGGAUGCCCACGAGUUCCUGAACUACCUGCUCAACACCAUCGCAGAUCUGCUGCAGGAGGAGAGGAAGCAGGAGAAGUCUAAUGGUCGUCUAGCCAACGGCACAUUGGACUCCCAGAACAACAACAGCAACGCCACGCCUGCUCCCACCUGGGUCCACGAGAUCUUCCAAGGCACUCUGACCAAUGAGACGCGUUGUCUCACGUGUGAAACGAUAAGCAGCAAAGAUGAAGACUUUCUGGACCUUUCUGUGGAUGUGGAACAGAAUACCUCCAUCACACACUGCCUCAGAGGGUUCAGUAACACGGAGACUCUGUGCAGUGAGUACAAAUACUACUGUGAGGAAUGUAGAAGCAAGCAGGAGGCGCACAAGAGGAUGCGUGUGAAGAAGCUGCCGAUGAUUCUGGCUCUGCACCUAAAGCGCUUUAAGUACAUGGAGCAGCUGCAGCGAUACACCAAGCUCUCCUAUCGCGUUGUCUUCCCUCUGGAGCUCCGUCUCUUCAACACCUCUGGAGACGCCACCAAUCCUGAGAGGUUAUACGACCUGGUUGCUGUGGUAGUGCAUUGUGGGAGUGGUCCAAACAGGGGUCACUACAUCGCCAUUGUAAAAAGUCACGACUUCUGGUUGCUGUUUGAUGACGACAUUGUAGAGAAAAUCGACGCCCAGGCCAUCGAAGAGUUCUACGGUCUCACCUCCGAGAUCUCCAAGAACUCUGAGUCAGGCUACAUCCUCUUUUACCAGUCCAGAGACUAAACCAGAUGUGGACCGCAGCGCUUUGCCACAUCAUCCCAGAGAGACGCUCUCUUCUAACUUUGUGGGGGGGGAGCAGCAGAUUGUAAACUCGCACGGCAUCAUACCUGCUUCUACCUGAGGCUUCUAAGCAGCUCAGCACCGCAGCUCAGCUCAGCCGUGGCAGUCCCCCCUACUUACCAGCUGACCCCCCCCUCCCCCCUCCCCCCCCUCCUCCUCCUCCCAUACCUUUCCUGCUUCCCUUCAUCCACCGCUGCUGCUGCGAGGACAGAGAGAGACAACGACAAACGAAACCGUGUCAUGAUUGUUUUCAGAAGAAGCGACUGAGGGUUGUACAGAUUUUGACUGGCUGUUUGAGUGCUGUUCUAGUUUUUGCCUUGGGUGUCGGGUGAGUGGGUAUUUAAUUCAUAUGAUGUAAUAUCGGCCUGGAGUCUUCACCUCCCACAAUGUUAACCUAAACUGUGACGGAAGUUGUUUUUUUUUUGGUCAUGGACGUGACGGAGGACGGACAGGAGGUGGGCGCCCCGCUUACAGGGAGCACUGGGCUGUGUAUUUCUAGUGUACAGAAUGGUAUUUGUAUAAAUAUUUCAUUAAGAUAUUAUCAUUGGAAAAUGUUAGACUUGGAGAAGAUGUAUUAACACUAUGGUGCACUUUUGAUACUGUUUUGUAGGUGUUGGCAAGCUUAAUGUGAGGGUGGGGGGUUGCUUGAAAAGGCCUGUUGUGAAGCGAUCAUUUUCUGUUUUAAAGAAAAAGAAAUAAAGCCAAUAAGAUUGAGGGACAGUCUGCUCAACUUUCUGCGUCCCACAGGUGCCACUGAUGACUCAUGGGGAGACUCGACGUUGCCAUCUAGUGGUGUGCUUUGGUACUCCUGCUUUUUAUUUUUAUUCCAUCCGGAGUUAUUUUUAAUCCAUUCAGAGCCAGUAAACAGCACAGCGAAAGAUCCUAUACAGAUGCAUCUCAAUAAAUGUGAAUGUUAUUGCAUAUUCUUAAUUCUUUUUAUUAUUUUGAUUAUGACCAAUAACUCCCCACCCCUCCGAAAAUGUAUUAUGUAAGAUAAAUCAAGAUUAUUCUAUAAAUAAAGAUAUUUCUGACUGUA